GUUAUUAAAAGCUUUUAAAAUCAAAUAUUUAAAAAUGAAGCAUUCACGCAUGUUAUUCAUUCAUUAAACUAUAUAUUCUAAAAAGAAAUAAAAGAAUAUGAUUCAAAAGCCUAACAACAGUUCCCAGCAUUACAUUACUAAAAGAAUCAAAAUAUCUUUCGGUCCUUAUCGAGGUUCUGUUCUAUCAGCAUUAAUUCUCUACUAACAGACAUAUGCGGUAGUAAAUUCUGCAAUAGUAACUUCUUCGAUCGUAAAAAUUAAGACAAAAUGGUUUGUCAUGAUCAAAUCAUCGGGAAUAUUAAUGUGUAAAUUCAAUCCAAAAUGAUAAUAUUAACAAUGUGUGAAAAAAAUUUCAAGAAAUUUUGGUGUUAUGCAUUUUUUCUACUCAUCACUUCGUUAUCGAAAUCUGAGCAAAGUUUCACGAGCAACGAAGAGAAAAAUGAUAAUAUAACGAUACGAUAUGAGUUAGACUCUACAACAAACUAUGGCGACAAAAUAAAAACACUGUCUUAUGAUUUGUAUGAAAAAUCUAUUAACAAUACGCAGUACGACAAUAUGCAGAAUAAAUUUCAUACUAUUUCCAUGAGUAAUGAUGAUAACACGAUACGAUAUAAACUUAGCACAUCUUCUACACAGAAUCAUAUGAGUGAUAAACAAAUACCGAUGGGAUCUCAAACAAAUUCAACAAAUGCCAACUAUAAAAGAAAUUUUACAUCACAGGAAAUUUAUGGAAAUUUGAUGAAUAUUGAAGACAACAAUAAUUCUACGUCACACGAAUUUUUUGAAAAUUCCAAUAAAGAAAGCAAUAUAAGUAACAUCGUUUCAUAUGAAACAUGUCAACUUGACAAUAUUACUUGCAUUCAACUCUGUUGUUCUCCUGGCGAUCGCCUAGAUGACGACAUAUGCAUCCCGGAAAAAAUUAAAUACUUUCUUCCGAAUGUGUAUAAAUACACAAAUGAUUCGUUGCAAAGCGAAAAUAAAACGGUAGACGAAUUGUUUCAACUGACUAUUUAUGAUCCAUGUCAGGAAAAUCGCAUUCUGCUUCCCUAUGGUUUUCAAUACGAUUACAUGUUUUUUGCUAACGGUUCUCUCUAUAUAUCUUAUUAUAAAAUAUUUGCUAAGCCGACAUCAUAUUGUCUCGCAAUUACAGAGGGAGAUAAAUUCGAAGUAACUAUCUGCUCAGAGACUUAUCACGAGAUCCUUAAAAUAGCUGAUGAUCAAAAAGCUGAUGUCGAUAAUAAAAACUUGUCGGUUCAAAACAUAAAAAUCAUACAUAUGAGCUUCCAUAUUGUAUCUAUACUAUUUUUGAUAUCAAUAUUUCUGGUGUAUUCCAUAUUGCCAGAUCUCCGGAACGUACACGCUUUCAUGUUGCGCAGUUAUAGCGGUAUUUUGUCCGUCGCAUACACAAUCGACAUUGCAAAUAUUUUUAUUAAAUCGGAUGCUGUAGAGUAUUCCAUUUGUGUUACAAUAGCUUCCUUCCAAUACUUUUGCUUUUUAACAAGCUUUUUCUGGCUAAAUAUAAUGAGUUUCGACAUGUGGUGGACAUUUAGAGGAUUUUCUUCGUUACAAAGAAACGUCAGAAAUCGAGAAAAAAAAAAGUUAAUUCUUUAUGCUAUCUGUGCAUGGGGUAUACCUUUUAUCCUCGCUAUUAUCUGUAUCAUUAUGGAUUUUGCUUCCGAAAAUUUGCCGAAAAUUUUGCAACCGGGAUUUCACGCAGGUGAUUGCUGGUUUGCUGAGAAAGGAACGUUUUUAUUGUAUUAUUACGGAAUCAAAAGUAUCUGUAUCAUUAGUAGCAUUUGCUUAUCCAUUUCUACGGCAGUGAAGAUCGCGCGUUACGAAAAGGAAACAGGCCUUCGUUUGACAGAUUCAGAAAGCAAGCAAUAUAAUGACAAUAAGAAGUGGUUCAAUUUGUAUCUGAAGCUAUUUAUCAUGCUGUUUAUAGUAAUUGGCAUAAAAUGGUCCCUGAUGACAGCAACAUGGUUGUCUGAAAAUAUAUCAAAUACCACCUCAUAUGCUAUUGUUAAUUUGAUAGACAUUGUACAAAAUUUCUGCACAUUUAUCAUAUUUGUGUGCAAAAAGAAGAUCAAACAGAUGUUACUGAAGCGAUUCGGAUGCAGUGGAUUUAUUACAAAAGCUCGAUCCCCAACGAAUACAAUAUCGUCAGUUAUUCUCGUAGGAUAUCAAGAAAAUACUGCAAACUAUCGUUUCUUCAAUCCCAGUACCAAAAGAAUUACGGUAAUUAGAGACGUUACGUUCAACGAGAAGAGUACUUAUACGACAUCUUCAAUUGAGGAAUCCAAAGAAUUUGAAUCAAUGAUACCGAAAGACAAGGGUAGCGAUGAAAAAAUUAUAUGGGGAAGGAUCAGCGGAUCACAUUAAAUAUCACAUAUUCUAAAAUAAGUAAUAUUUAAAAAAAUAAUUAUACUAAUUAUUAUUACGAGUAAACUUUUUAGUAAGUUUUUCACUCACCUUUAAAAAAUAAUAAAGAAAUUACAAAGUUGUUCGAGAAAGUCUGUAUUAUAUUAUAAAGCCGUUAGAUUUAAAAGUCUUCUCGAAUAAUUCUCGAAUGGAAUAUUAUUUUUGCCUGGAAUGUUAUUUUGUGCUUAAUUCCGAUAAUUAUCCGGACAACGAGUACAUAUUCUUAACUAAUGGCUCUCUGUAUCAGCCGCAUCACGAUAAACUUAUUUGCUCAACGUCCUAUUGUCUUGCCAUCGUGCAUCGUUAUAAAUUCGAUGUAAUCAUUUGCAUUGACAUCAAAAACGAAACUAUAAAGGAAAGCAUAAGCAAGGUCAUGAACGGAAGUAUCAACGAAAUGAUAAACGAAAAUGUAGAUAAAUGGUUAAUUAAUCAUGUCAUCAUACUUUUUAUUCUCAAUGUUUUGUCUCUGCUUAUUCUUUUAAUGACGUUUGUGGUUUAUUCCGUAUUACCAGAGCUCCAGAAUAUUCACAUGCUACGUAGAUAUGGAUCGAUGUUUGUUGGAGGAAUGUGCUGGGAAGUAAUUCAACUCAUUCAAUACCAGGAUAUUGACAAUUUUGCUUGCUUCGCAUUGGAUACUAUUUAACAAUGCAAUUAACAAAGCAUAUAUGUCUAUCAGACUCAUCAGUUAAUUAUUAUUUUUUAAUUAGUACA